AUGGAACCCCCUACCCUACCCAUCUCGGCAUCGGCGCAGAAGAAGCGUCGCAGACCCGCCUUGGCCUGCGAAGCCUGCCGCCGGCGCAAAGUGCGCUGCGACAGGAACUUGCCCUGCGGCACCUGCGUGCGCUCCAAGAACGCUCUAUGCACAUACACAACCCAGGCCGCGACCAAUACCAACACCUCAACCCUGGGGCGGAAACACCGGGACGAAAGCCCGAAGCACGGGUUCCCCCAAUCCGGCGCCGCAGCCUUGGCCCUCCCCGAGCCCAUCCUGUACCAACCCCUGCCCACUCCGCGCCACUCGGCCCCGUCGUCGACGCGGGCCGCGGACUCGGACGACCCAUCGCCGAUCCAUAUCCCCGUGCUGACCGCCAGCGCCGGGGAGCACUCUGGCCCGGCGGAUUUUGGGCUGUGGCAGCCUGUGAUCCAGCCGCGGCCUGCUCCGGUUGCUGCUGUGCCCGGCGGGAGUGCGAGGGACACGGCGUCGACGCCCGGGAGCAAUAGUAACCAUGGCUCGUCGUCGACUGUGAACUCGCUCGUGGACAGGGUGAAGCAGCUUGAGCAGCAGUUGUCUGAUUUGAUGGUGAGGGGCGAUGACCGGGAUGAGACGACGGCUGUGGAGAGUACGGUGAUGAGGGAGGGGUUGAGGUACAGCCGGGGGUGUGUUAGCAAGACGAGGUUCUUUGGACAGAGCCAUUGGAUGAAUGCGGCUGAUAUGCUCUGCCGCCUAGUCACUUUCGCCAAGAAGUUUGAAAACGAAAAGACAACCUACCUCUACCAAGGCUUGGAAAAAUGCAAAAACCUAGGCCGCAUAAUCAAAGCCCGCCGCACACCUACCUUUGCCACCAUAUCCAUCGGCAAAAACAUGCCCAGCCGCGAGGUUGCAGAUGCCCUCAUCGACGCCUACCUCCGCACCUUCGAAUCCGUCCAGCGCAUUAUCCACAUUCCGACAUUCAAGGCGGAGUACGAACGCUACUGGCAGGACCCAUCUGGCGUGAACGAGCCCUUCAUCGUGCUCAUGCAGCUGUGCAUGGCCAUCGGCGCAACCUUCCACGACGAGCGCUUCACCUUGAGGAACCUCGCCAUCCAGUGGUUCUGGGAGGGCAUGUUCUGGCUCAUGAUGCCGUGCGAAAAGUCUCGCAUGACCAUGACGGGGCUGCAGAUCCGCUGCCUGAUGCACUACCUCCGCCACACGGCCAACAUCGGCUGCGACCUCUCUUGGAUCGGGGCCGGCUCGCUCGUCCGCACGGCGAUCUACAUGGGCCUGCACCGCGACCCCAAGGGACUCGUCAAGAUGACGCCGUACCGCGCAGAGAUGCGCCGGCGGUUGUGGGCGUCGAUCCUCGAGAUCGCGCUGCAGAGCGCCAUCGACGCGGGCGGACCACCGCUCAUCUCGGCGCGCGACUACGACACCGAGCCGCCCGCGAACCUGGACGACGCGCAGCUCGUCGAGGACAUGGACUCGGCGUUCCCGGUGCCCAAGGACGCCAAGACCUUCACGCAGAUGACGGUGCCGCUGGCGCUGCACGCGACGUUGCCUGCGCGGUUGGCGGUCACGGCGAGGGUGAACGACUUCAGGUCGGACACCGUGUACGAGGAGACGUUGAGGUACAGCGGCGAGCUGAGUUCCGCGCUCCAGAGGAUGAUGCAGCAGCUCAAAAGCCACCCCGAAAUAUCACAAUUCGCGUCGCGGUACGCGCAGUUCAUGACCUACCGCCUCUUCUUCGCGCUGCACCAACCGAUCAUACCCCUCGCGCUGCGGAACCCGAUAUACUACUUCUCCCGUAAGGUGUCCGUCGACACGGCCCUCCGCCUCUGCGAGAACUCGCUCCUGACUCCCGGAAAAGACGGCGCCGGGGCGAUGAGACCCGCCGACACCUCGGAGCGGGACUUCCUCUGGCUGACGGUCAACGGGGCGGGGGCGUACCGCUCGGUUCCGUUCCAGGCCGUCAUGACUGUGGGGCUGGAGCUGAUCCACCAGAAGGAGGACGAGAUCAAGAACGGGCCGUCAAUGUCCUUUGCCGGGCCCGAGUUUCGCGGGAUCCUGGACGCGGUGGCUGGGUGGUCGAGGGCGCGGAUCAAGUCCGGCGAGACCAACAUCAAGGGCCACGCGCUGAGUGUGCUACUCGUGGCGCAUCUGCAGGUGCUCGAGGCCGGGGUCGAUGACGAGCGGGUCGAGAAGCACUUUGAGAGGGCAUGCGAGGAGAGAGUCACGGAGUGCUAUGACUUGUUAAAGGAGCUGGUCGGGGAUGAUGUCCCUGAAGAAGGGGUGGGGAUCGGGGCGCCUGACAUACACGAUUUGGACAUGGACUUCGAGGUCGGGACUGACAUGUUGGGAGAGUGGGAUUGGGAUAGCAUGGAUAAUGGUGGUUUCAUCUCGACCUUGAACUUUGGGAACAUUGACAUGAUGUUUCCCUAA